GUCGCUGGACGGACGGCUGUUAAUAGGCUACUGGUUCCAAUGUUCUCGUUUUACGACUUACAUAUGUUUCGCUGAAGUGAACGUGUUUCUUUGAAAGAUCUUUUGAAAACUUGCUGUUGAACGUGGAUUUAAAACGACACAGAGCUGUACAGAACAGAGCCAAUUGAAGACGCUGGAUCUGUUCAUCACGUCGUAUUUUGAAAUAACAUCCAAGAGACCCAGUCACAUGCAAACAACCGUUGAAAGCAAUGAAGUUUCAGGGCAGACGCUGCAAAAGAAGAGCUCCUUCUCCCUCUUCGAUUCGGCCAAGGACUGGUCCCUCCGGGGGAAGAAGAGGAAGCAGAGGAGGAGGGAGGCCGACGCUCUCAGCCUGUGCAGCCUCGACAUCAACGAGCCCAGUAAUAAGCGGGUGAAGCCUCUCUCCCGGGUCACGUCUCUGGCCAGCCUCCUCCCCCCGGUGAAGGCAGCGCCCCUCAAACGCAUCGGCCAGACUCUGCAGCGCUCCAUCAGCUUCCGCAGCGAGAGCCGGACCGAGGGCCCCCCCCCGCGGCCCUGGAGCCGCCACGGCCCCCCCGCCAUCACCAAGCGCCGCGACAGCAAGCUCUGGAGCGAGACGUUCGACGUGCGGCUCGGCCACGCGCUGUCCCCCAAGGAGAUCAAGCGGCAGGAGGCUAUCUUCGAGCUUUCCCAAGGGGAGCAGGACCUGACUGAAGACCUAAAGCUGGCCAAGAAGGCCUACCACGACCCCAUGCUGAAGCUGUCGAUCAUGACCGAACAGGAGCUGAACCAGAUCUUCGGGACCCUGGACUCUCUCAUCCCUCUGCACGAAGACCUGCUGAGUCGGCUCCGCGCAGCCAGGAAAGCGGACGGCUCCACGGAGCACAUCGGACACAUCCUGGUGGACUGGCUGCCCUGCCUGGACUCCUACAACGGCUACUGCAGCAACCAGGUGGCGGCCAAAGCCCUGCUGGACCACAAGAAGCAGGACCACCGGGUCCACGACUUCCUGCAGCGAUGCCUGGAGUCGCCCUUCAGCCGCAAGCUGGACCUGUGGAACUUCCUGGACAUCCCGCGGUCCCGGCUGGUCAAGUACCCGCUGCUGCUGCGCGAGAUCCUCAAACACACGCCCAACGACCACCCCGACCGACAGCACCUGGAGGAGGCGAUCAACAUGAUCCAGGGCAUCGUGGCGGAGAUCAACGUGCAGACGGGCGAGUCGGAGUGCCGGUACUACCGGGAGCGUCUGCUGUACCUGGACGAGAGCCAGAGGGACCUGCUGAUCGAGCGCUCCAGAGUGCUCACCUGCCACGGGGACCUGAAGAACAACCGAGGGGCUAAGCUGCACGUGUUCCUGUUCCAGGACGUGCUGGUGAUCACGCGCGCCGUCGCGCAGAACGAGCAGCUGUGCUACCAGCUGUGCCGGCAGCCCAUCCCGGUGCGGGAGCUGGACUGGGAGGACCUGCAGGACGGGGAGAUCCGCCUGGGCGGCUCCAUCCGAGGGGCCUUCAGCAACACUGAGCGCACCAAGAACUUUUUCCGGGUGACGUUCGGCAGCGGCGCCCAGCUCCAGACCUAUUCCUUCCAGGCCAGCGACUCCUUCAACAAGCAGCAGUGGCUCAACUGCAUCCGGCAGGCCAAGGGCGCGGUGGGGGCAGGCGUGAGCCCGCAGGGACAGGGGGGGCCCCGGCCCGAGAGCAUGGAGCACAGCCACAGCCACAGCCACAGCCACAGCCACAGCGAGGUGUCGGACUGUAACAUGGACACCAGCGAGGCGGUGGAGCACGCGCACACAAACACAACCUCUGACCCCGCCGCUGCGGUGUGAUCCCUGGGGCCCGGGCGGGGGGGGGGGCGUUCUGUCACCCCCUCACCCACCGAAAGACCUCCCCCCACACCUCCCCUCUGUGCUCUGAAGCAACCGUGUGCAGUAUUGGACCGUGGAGACCCCACACACAACCCUGGGAGUGGACAGCAGUAUUUUUGGAAAGCACUUCUUCUUCUUCUUCUUCCUCGAUGCCUUCUCUUUCUUUGCGUUCCCUUUUCGUUUCUUUGAGCCUUCUUCGUUCUCUCUCUCUCUCUCUCCUUCACCCUCUGACGGUUUCCCGAUAGGUGGCAGUGGUGUUCUCCGUGGCCGUGUCAUGUGUGGGUGGGUAGGCGGGUGGGGGGGGAGGAUAGGGUGUGUAUGGGUGUGUUUUGCGGAGGGGGUAGCGGUGUCUGGGUUCUUUAGGAAGCGUCUCCCUCUCGCCCCUCCGAGUGGAGUCUGUGAUUCAGGGAUGAAAGGCCCUGGGUGUGGCCAGCUCCCGUCAAACCCUCAACGCCCCCCUCAACCCCCCCCCCACCACUGCCCCCCUCAACCCCCCCCACCACUGCCCGUCUGCUGUGCCCUGUGAGGAAAGUGCAGACAGAUUUAUGUUUAUUUAUGUCGGGAGUAGAGAACAUAGUGUUUACAGUGAGCGUCCAGUCAAAAAAACGACCAGCAGAAUGUUUUAAGACAAUCAAGGGAGAGGAGCGGAGAUUGAUAUGAUGUGAAGCCUUUUCGGGUUUUUGUGGCGAGCCCAGGUCAAAGGGCGCGGGGGCAGGGCUGUGUGUCUGUGACACUGUACCACAGCUUGUUUUGUUUUUGUUUUGUUCGGUUUUUUUUUUUUACCCUUUCUUCUUGUGUGCUUCGAAAAGCGUGGUUCUAACACCCAGCCGAUCUGUCAGACGCUCUAGCCGGUGUGAGCAGUGUGCACGAAUCCGGGCGGCCCCUUCCCGGCUAACGUUCUGGCAACGUUGCCGCCGCGUCGUGGCAAUGUUUUAACAUCGGCUAAACCUUUCGGAAACAUUGCGACAACAUUGUGUGUGGUUAGCUGGUUAGCUCAAAGCCACUGUGAACCUACAGGCCAGUGAGGUCCGGCCCAGCCCGGCCCAGCCCGGUCCAGCCCAGCCCAGCCCAGCCCAGCCCAGCCCGGCCCAGCCGUGCUGUGUGAGCGCAGGCUGGCUGGAGCAGAAGGGGGGAGUGGUCUGGGGGGGAACUGGGCCUGUGUCUGGGGGUUUUAACUGCAGAGACGCGCUCAGAAGCAGAGCCCCGUCUUCUCAGCUCAGACCAUCGGGCACAUUUCACUCCCACAGCCUUAGAAGAAGCCUGUCGGUCAUCCGAGGCCGAUAUGUACCCUGUUAUGUCUCUGAGGCUUGCAUUAACACGGGCCCUAUGUGCGGUAGGGGGGGGUCAAAGGUGGGAAACGCAUACUGUCACUCCGUAAUAGAACAUUCCGGUUGCGAGAUUAGCACUUUCACUUCUUUAAAAAAAAAAGAUCAAGAGACUGUACAUUCCCUCAGUGGUGUUAAAUCACCGUUGUCACGUUCCUCACUGAGUCCCCUAUCCCCCCCCCCCCUGCCCCACUUGCACAGAGCAAUGUGAAAGUAUAGCCUGUCCAGAGGGGGGCAGCUGUGUAAGUCACGUAGUGGGGGGGUAACAAAGCCAGUGGGACGUAGCUGUAGCUUUCUGAGGUCUGGUUAAUUGUCGGAUGAAAGUCAUGUCAUUUGCCUGGGUCGUUUACCUUCUUUAAUGUUAAAAACAAAACUAAAAGAUAAAAGUGUAAAAUGAAGCUGAAGGUUUUUUUUUUGUUUUUUUUUCCUGACUGUGUAAGUGAGUAGUUGUGCUUUGUACCGCGUAGCUUGUGCAGACCUGCUUUAGUCACUGGACGUUCUGUGUGCGGAACUGCCUCACCCACAGCGCAAACCAUGGCUGCUGAAGCCUUGCCAAAAAUGUGUUUUUUGUUGUUGUUUUUUUGUAGUUUUUUUUGUCUUGUGCAAGUUUACCUGUUUGUACCCGUUUGUCUUGUUUUAAGUCACGUCACACUUGUUAAUGAAAUUGUGACUAGGUAAUCACUAUCAAAAUUUAUCCAACAUGUAUGCCUUUAUUGUUUUUGUUCUUUGUUUUUUUUUUUGGUUUUUUUUUAAGAAAUGUAUUGAGAUUUAUCCUUUAGGACGUUUAUUUAUAGUGUUUCUCCCACAGUGGCUCAUUGUUUUGUUCUUGUUGUGUUUGACGGAUGUUGGAGACAGGAUGUGACAUAAGAGCACAGGAAAUGAAAGAACAGGAAAGAGAAUCAUAACCUCUCAGAAAGACCCGGCUGUGUGUGUGUGUGUGUGUGUGUGUGUGUGUGUGUGUGUGUGUGUGUGUGUGGGCGUGUGUGUAUGUAUGUGUGGGCGUGUUAGCGUGUGGGUGUGUGUGGGCGUGUGUGUGUGCAUGUGUGUGUGUGUGUGUGUCUCUGUGUGUGCGCGCGUGUGUGUGUGUGUGCGCGUGUGUGCGUGCACGUGUGUGCUUCUGAUUUGUCACUGAAAAGAUACUGUUAUGUCAUUUGCGUCGAAGGAGCAAAAGAAAGAUGUAUAAUGGAAUUGAAAACAUUACCAAAUAAAUGACCUGAUUCCAGAAAUGUAA